CGGACUUCCGCCCACCCGCUCUCGCCAGACUGAAGCCACUUCCGGCCCUCCUGGCGCCUUCCGCAGUUCUCUUCCGGGUGAUGGCGGCCCGGUGCCCCGGAUGCAGCCCUAGCGGAAGCUUCGCUCCUUGCCUUCCCCCACCUUCCCGGGGUCCCUAGCUCAGCUCGAGGCAGGUCCCUCGGUCCAGCCAUGCCAAAGAGGAAGGUGACCUUUCAAGGCGUGGGAAAUGAGGAUGAGGAGGAUGACAUCAGUGUACCCAAGAAGAAGCUCGUGGACCCUGUGGCCGGGGCAGGAGGGCCUGGGAGCCGCUUCAAAGGCAAACACUCUUUGGACAGCGAUGAGGAGGACGACGAGGAGGAGGGGUCCAGCAAAUAUGACAUCCUGGCCUCGGAGGACGUGGAAGGUCAGGAAGCGGCCACACUCCCCAGUGAGGGAGGUGUGCGGAUCACACCUUUCAAUCUCCAGGAAGAGAUGGAAGAAGGCCAUUUUGAUGCGGACGGCAACUACUUCUUGAACCGAGAAGCUCAGAUCCGAGACAGCUGGCUGGACAACAUUGACUGGGUGAAGAUCAAGGAGCGGCCACCUGACCAGCAUCCACCAUCGGACUCCGACGAGGAGGAUAACUUGGGCCAGACACCCAUGAGCGCCCAGGCACUCCUGGAGGGCCUCCUGGAGCUGCUGCUGCCCAGAGAGACAGUGGCUGGGGCCCUGAGGCGUCUGGGGGCCAGAGGAGGAGCCAAAGGGGGCAGUAAGGGGCCCGGACGGCCCUCUUCCCCCCAGCGCUUGGACAGGCUCUCGGGGUUGGCUGACCAGAUGGUGGCUCGGGGCAACCUUGGUGUCUAUCAGGAGACAAGGGAACGGCUGGCCAUGCGUCUGAAGGGGUUGGGGUGCCAGACCCAAGGACCCCCUGACUCCAUCUCCCCACCUUCUCUGGACAUGUUUGCUGAAGAAGUGGCAGAGGAGGAGCUGGUGACCCUGUCCCCUGCCCAGAGAGAAGCAGAGUCGCUCGGAGACGGGCUGGAGGACGUGAUGUGGGAGUAUAAGUGGGAGAACACGGGGGAUGCUGAGCUGUACGGGCCCUUCACCAGCACCCAGAUGCAGACCUGGGUGAACGAAGGUUACUUCCCGGAUGGUGUGUAUUGCCGGAAGCUGGACCCCCCUGGUGGACAGUUCUACAACUCCAAGCGUAUUGACUUUGAUCUGUAUACCUGAGCCUGCCGAGGGCCCAGUUUGGGGGCCCCUUCUUUCAUGGACUCUGGAGGAGGCCCCAGCUGCCUCAGGCAAUGAGGAUAUCGGGGGCCUCUUUUCAGUCAGUUUUCUUUCCCAAUAAAAGCCUGUAGUUGUGUAUUAAGGCCUCGGCUGUGCUGAUGGCCGGAAGCCAGGGAUCCCCUACAGCCCCUUUGGACUUGUUUCAGCCCUUGACUGUUUCCUCAUGAAGUUCUUCUGUGGGAGUUUCUGGUCCCUUGAACCAUCUCACCGUUGACCAAUCCUAGAGGCAGAGCCAGGAUGUCAGGUGUCCUGUGGCCUCCCCACCUGGCCUCUGCUUACCACCUAAAAAUCCCUUCACGCACAUACUAUUCUCCGGUACCCUCUGGGGGUUCCUGUUGCUGUUCUGAGGUCUUUGGCUUUUAGGAUCUCAGUUAGCAUGUCCUGGCAGCCACUACAGAACGGAACUCCAGAAGGGGCGUUUUAGGCCUCGAAGGGCUGGGACAGCAGUUGGGCGUGAGCAGGAAGCCUAGUACUCACUGGCUCCCACUGUCUCAGGCUCCUUAAGUGACAUGCAGGCUCAGUGUUAGCACAAGGUCACCUGAUCCUGCCACCCAUCGACUAGGCACAGAGUAGGGCAGCAUGUCAUUGGAGGGGCACACAGUGAGUCAGAGGCCAGUAGGCUCGCUUCCCAGACGUUUUUUGGUACUAGGUCUUUUCUGUCUGGCUUUUGAGGCCGUGAAGCUUCCAGGACCUGGGCUCCCAUCCUGUGCCUGGCGUAGGGCUAGUCAGUGCCUUGAGGGAACUGAGAUAACUGGGCUGGUCCCUUUCCAGGAAUUCAGAGUCGGGAAGGGAGGCAGACAAGUGUAAUUGUGUAGUCUACACCUAACCACCCCCAGCGACCCUCCCACCCUCACCAGUGCUGCCUGAGGCUGCCUCCUCUGCACCCAGACAGAACUGAUUCUAACGCUUCCCAAUUUGUAAUCACAGGAGAGCUGUGAAAUUAUCCUCAGAUUCAGACUAGGUUGGUCUAGGCUGUGGCCUCGUGGUGGGUCUUUUAACAGCUCCCAGGUGUUUCUAGUGCGUGGUCAGGUGGAACGCUACUGAGCCUGACCCAUGACAGGUUACCCCGGGGCGAGGGGCUGGUGCCUGGACCCUGCCGUGGUGACAGGGCUGAGGGCUGAGAUGUGUGAGGCCAGGGCACUGGUGGAAUCUGUCAGUUACACGAGAGCCGAGCACCAGAGCCGUGGGACCCACGGGGGCCCCGAGGUAUAGGAGCUAGGCCAGGAACUAGGAAAGAUGGGUACGCGUCCCCGAUGUUUUAGUGAGGCCUCCAACUUUUGGAACAAUUGGACCCGCUCCAGUGUCAGGCCAGACCUGGUUUGCAUUGACUCCAAGAUGUUCAGAUGACUUGUUUUGUGUCAUUCAGAAGGGAAGCCCUGCCAGUUAUAGUUGUAAGAUAGCAAUUAAAAGGUGCAUCCUGAUUUCAGAAAUGUUCAGAAAAGCAGGUGUCUUAGGAUCAAUGAAAUAACCGUGUUCAGCUUUCUCUUCCCCCAGUGAUUGACUCACGGAAGGUGCUUAGUGUUUGGCCAGUAGACGGACGCCCAGGGUGUAGUCCCUGAGUGUUCCCCAGGCACCCCGGUUCCACCUGUCCAAAACUGACCUCUUCCCCUCACAACCUGCUCCUGUGUCCACCUCCCUGAUGACACCUUCUAUGGGCAGAGUAAUGGCUCCGCAAAGAUGUCCACAUCCCGGGAAUAUGUGACCUUCAUGGCAAAAGAGGCUUUGCAGCCGUGAUGAAUGGUUUUGAGAUGGGGAGAUGAUUCUGGAUGAUUGAGGUGGCCCCAAAUGUAAUCACAAGGACCCCUAUAAAGUGAAGGGGAGUCAGGAGAGUCAGAAGUAGCUGAAAAUGUCACGCUGCUGGCUUUGAAGAUGGAAGGGCCGUGUGCCAAGGCAUGCGGAGGCCUGUGGAAGCCGGAAAAGGCAAGAAAACGGAUUUUCCUAUCUCCACAAAGAAACGCAGCCCCCGCUGGCAGGACUUGAGCUCAGUCAAAACCAUUCUGCACUUCGGACUGCCAGACCUUAAUAAAAUGUGUUGUUUUGAGCUA